AUGACAACGUUUUCAGAAUCAGUUUUACUAUAUAUUAUUAGAAGAAGAGAGUUUUAUAAUAGUCCUAAAAAACAGCAAAAAAAGAGCUUUUGGGACGUUUUUUUUAAGGAUUCUUUUUGUCAAGUUAUUUGGAAAAUACGAAGAAUUUAUAAAGCUAUUUAUCGAAUUAUCAGUAGAAAAACGUCUAUUUGUAGGAUUUUAGAUCUUUUUUUGUAUUUGGAUGAACAUACUUUGGUGAAAUAUGCAGGGAAAAAAAGAAAAAACUUAAAUCCUGGAGAAAACGAGAAAUUAGGAAAUUUAGUCUGGGAUAUUUAUAUUGAAUUGUCUUUGUCUCUAGCAGUAUAUAGUGAAUGGAAAGAUUUGUUAUACCGAGCAGGAUAUUUAGAUUCUUUUGAAGAAGCUAACUUUAUUGAUGCCGUUACAAUAUCUAUUUUAUUGAAGAAAAAAAUAAAGUAUAAUUAUAAGAAAACAGACCCAUCUAAACAUAGUUUAUGUCUUCGUUAUUCAAUUAUGUGCAUUUUUUGUAUUCAAAAAGAGAAAAAAAUUAUAAUGCAAAAGUGCAAUACACAGGUCCAAUAUCAUCAAAACCAAGAAAUAUUUCAUGAGAUAUGGGACGCAAUUAUUGUUCCCGUAAGAGUACCGCAAAACAGCAAAAGAAAUUGGGUGAUGAUAGGUUUUCAAGGAGAUGACCCUAGUACAGAUUUUAGGUCUAUGGGUUUUUUUGGAUUAGAAAUGCUACAUUACUUUGUGUUAACACGAAAUGAUCAUACAAGAAUUAUGGUAUCCGAAUCCCGAUCGAACCAGAACAAUAUUGAUCUUCCUUGGUAUUCCUUUGCACUCGCUGCUAUAAAUAUUUUGGCAUAUAUUGUUGAAUUGAUGAAUCAAAGCAAACUUGAGAAAAUCUUUGUUCAAUACUACAAUCACGGAAUAACCAUAGACGAAAUAGUGAAGCAGCUAUUCUGCUAUACAUUUAUUUCUUUUCAUCAUUUUUGGAAACUUCAAGUCUUGGCAAAAAAAGUUCAAACCGUCCUUGAUUUUGAACGCUGCUUAAAACACUUUAAGAAAAAAACUACUAAUAACAUCGAGCAAGGUGAUGGCGUCAUUGGAUUCGACUGUCUUAUAUGA